AUGGCCAUGAAUAAUUACAAUUGGCCCACUGAGCAUGAGAAUAAGAAGGUGGCAGGAGUCUUAGAGGUCGAUCAUAUUUCUUUAUUGACAGCUCAAAUGGCAUCUCUAACAAAGCAAUUGCAGCAGAAUGGCCUCACCACCCAAGCAAUUCAAGCACAGGCUAUUGGUAACUUUCCAGGACCUUCCAACUACCCUUACUCAAAUACAUAUACUCUUGCUUGGAAGAAUCAUCCCAACUUGUCUUGGAAAAAUAACCAAGGAUUACAACCACAGUAUCCACAACAUCCACCUCAACACCCACAUCACCAACCGACCUAUGGACUUCACCCUAGGCCAUACUAUGAUCCAAACCCACGCCCAUCUCAUCUACCACCACAUCCUCCAAUGAACCCACCAACAGCUCAACCUGACCAGUUAAAUCAAUUCAUGACAGAGACAAGGUCCUCAAUCAGGAAUUUGGAGACACAAAUGGGUCAGUUGGCUAAGUUACUUUCUAGUAGACCGCAAGGGAAUUUGCCUAGUUCCACAAAGGAUCAACAGGCAACUACACCAGAGCAGAAGAGGGUCACUGACGAUCUUCAGAAAAAAGGUAAUCAAAAAGCUGAGAUUGUGGAACCUACUCCUAAAUUAUUGUAUCCUCAGAGGUUUAGGAAAGUGAAUCUCAAUAAGCAGUUCUCCAAGUUUCUUAUGGUGUUUAAGAAACUUCACAUCAAUAUACCAUUCGUUGAGACUUUGGAGCAAAUGCCCAGCUAUGUGAAGUUUAUGAAUGAUAUAUUAUCCAAGAAAAGGAGAAUUGAGGAUUUUGAGACAAUGGCUUUGAUAGAGGAGUGCAGUGCCAUCUUACAGAGGAAGCUCCCUCAGAAAUUAAGGGAUCCAAGCAGUUUUACUAUCCCGUGUACAAUCAAAAAAUUUCAGUAUGAGAGAGCUCUUUGUGAUUUGAGCGCCAGUAUCAAUUUAAUGCCACUGACAGUUUAUCAGAGAUUGGGGUUAGGAGAAGCGUGCCCCACUACAAUGACACUACAUUUAGCAGAGAGGUCUAUCAGGCAUCCUCGUGGGAUUCUAGAGGACAUCCUAGGGCAGGCUUUGAUUGAUGUUCGGAAGGUUGAGUUAAGGCUCAGAGUACAAGGUGAUGAGGUAGUUUUUAAUGUCUUUAAAUCCUUAACUGAUCCUCGUGCUAGUGACAGUUGUUUCAGUGUCAGUGUAUUGGAUGAACAAGGUGAAAGGUCAAGUCUAUUGAGGACCCACUUGAGUUGA